UUGCGUUAAUGUGUAAGCGGGACGCUGAAGGAAUCAGGUUGGAAGGCGGGCGGCACUUUCAGGCUCCGGGUUUGACCGCACGGCCGCUGGGCCUCACCCGUUGUGAAGGACGUCGUUGCUAGGGGAGGGGGUCACGCCUGCGUGUGUGUUGGAUUGUGGAAGGAUUGGCUGGAGUUGGAUGAAGAUCUCAGAAAUAAACAAUGGGUGAACGGAAGGGAGUGAAUAAAUAUUACCCACCCGACUUUGAUCCUGCCAAGCAUGGCUCCCUCAACAAAUAUAGGAACAGUCACCCUCUCCGGGAAAGGGCCCGGAAACUCUCCCAAGGUAUCCUCAUCAUCCGGUUUGAGAUGCCAUAUAACAUCUGGUGUGAUGGAUGUGGAAAGCACAUCGGAAUGGGUGUCCGGUACAAUGCAGAGAAGAAGAAAGUUGGGAACUACUACACAACCCCCAUUUACAGAUUUCGGAUGAAGUGCCACUUGUGUGUGAACUAUAUUGAGAUGCAGACUGACCCAGCGAACUGUGACUACGUGAUUGUGAGCGGAGCCCGACGGAAGGAGGAGCGCUGGGACAUGAAGGACAAUGAACAGAUUUUAACAACUGAGCAUGAACAGAAGAAGAAGUUGGAAACAGAUCCUAUGUACAAGCUAGAACAUGGAGUGAGUGACCAGGAGAAGCUGAAGAUUGCUGUUCCUACCCUGUCCAAUAUCCAGGAUAUGCAGAGUGCAUGGAAGGAUGACUUUGCCAUUAACAGCAUGUUACGCAAGAAGUUCCGGGAUGAGAAGAAGGUACUGAAAGAGGUGGAAGAGAAAGAUGAAGCUCUUCGGAACAAAGCAUGUCUCAGCAUCCCACUGCUCGAGGAGUCUGAGGAAGAUAAACACCUGGCUUCCCUUCUCAAAUUACGAGCUCUAGACUCCUAUGAAGACAAGCAGAGAAUGAAGCGGAAGGAGAUCACUUCAAGGUCCUGGUUUGCCUCUCCCCAAGUCGCAUCCGGAGAGAAAACUGGAGAUGUAUUGAAGAAACUGGGACUGAGCAAAAUAUCAACAACCAAAUCCUUAAAUAGUCCAAAUGGAAUUGUUGCAAAGUGACCUGGGAAAUAUCAGAAAGAAAUCAGCGGAGUAUUCAGUGAGCCAAAAGGAGCAGUCAGACUUGAUCAACGGGGAUACAGAGACCACGAUAGAGAUGGGGGAGUGAAAUGAUCAAAGAAGUUUUAUUUCAGACUGUAUGAGUCAAGAGAAAAGCAGCAGCUUUAAGGGGGAAGCUGAUUCCCUCCCACAGACUGAGGUUGUGACAGAUGCAGAUCGAGAUGUCAAUGCCAACUCGCUUGUUGCUGAUUACUCUGAUUCCAACUCAGAUGCAGACAGUUCCUGAGCUUUGCAGGAAUGUAAAUAAUGUAUUGAUACUCCUGACUUUUUAAUGUAUUCCUGUGCAAUAAACUAAUAUCUGAG